AUGUUUUUAAAUAUGUUUAUAAUAUAUUUAUUAAUACAAUGUUGUUAUUAAUUAGACCAUUGCCUUCAUCUGCUGAUGACCAUCUUUUUAAUACCAGUCGUUAUUUGGAGGAAUUUGAAGAAUUGGAAGUUAUUGGUAAAGGAGGAUUUGGAGUUGUGUGCAAGGCAUUGAAACGAGUAGAUCGGUGUAUUUAUGCAGUGAAGAAAAUAAACUUCAAAUAUACUAAUUAUACUUCAUAUCAGAAGAUAUUGAGAGAGGUAGAACUACUGGCAAGACUAAACCAUCCAAAUGUUGUAGCUUAUAAAACUGCUUGGAUUGAAAAUCAAUUGUUAAACUCAGGAUCUAUUACACCUAUAUCAUCAUCAGAUAUAGACACUUCAGAAGUUUGUAUGACAAAAGCAUGCCAAAGGUACUAUGAAUUAUCAGAAAACAGAACUGACGAUGACAGUAUUAUGUUUGUUGAUGAUAAUAAUAAUGAUAAUGAUGACAAUGAACUAGAAGAAAAUGAAAACAUAAAGCAAUAUAAAGAAAUAGGAAAAAAUUCUGACUAUGGAAAAGAAACAUAUUCUCUUAAUUUUAAUGAUAAACAUUUAAAUUCAUUCGUAGUAGAUAAUUACAUUAAUAUAUCUCCAGUAAUUGCUAGGAAACUUUUAAAAAUUCCUCAUAUCAAUAAUUCUUAUAAAUCACUCAGUAUUAAAGAAGUUACAAAUACAUUAGAUUCAUGUGAAGAAGUAAAAGAUGAUUGUGAAAUAGAAGAUUGUAUAUUAAGUGAUGAUGACAAUUCAGAAGAUUUUGCCUUUAGUUCUACAUCUCGUCAUAGACAUGGCUCAGGUGCAACUUGUAAAUCACACAGCGAAUCAGAAAUGGAUGAUACAUUGACUGUACAAAGAAGAGGAAGAGGAAAUUCUGAUUUAGAUAUUUUGCCUUUAUCUUUAGUUCGUUGUUCUAGUUAUGAUGAUAACUGCAAAAUUUUGCAACUAGCUCACAUUGAUGAAUGUCCUCAUUUAUCUUGGAAUGUUAGAGCAACACUCUAUGUCCAAAUGGAAUUAUGUGCAGAAAGUUUGCGGGAUUGGUUAGAUCAAAGAGAUAAUAUACAACUGGUUCCAAAUCAAAAUAUUUUUGAUAAAGUGUGUGAAACAGAAGUAAUGGCUAUAUUUCGUCAAGUAUUAAAAGGAGUAGAACAUAUUCAUUCUCAGGAUUUAAUUCAUCGAGAUUUAAAGCCCCAAAACAUACUAUUUGACCAUAAUCACUCUAAAAUAAAAAUUGGAGAUUUUGGUCUGGCAGUUUGCAGUUCAGAUAUACAAGGAAGUUAUUCACCAUUGUUGGGAACCAAUGAACGUUCUUUUGGUGUAGGAACUACACCUUAUGCUGCACCAGAGCAGAGAACUGGUCAAAUAUAUGAUUCAAAAGCAGACAUGUAUAGUCUUGGGAUAAUAUUAUUAGAACUUUUGCAUCCAUUUAAUACAAGAAUGGAACGAGCAGAGUGUUUAAAAAAUUUAAAUAUAGGAAUAAUUCCUGAAGAAGUUAAAGAAAAGUGGCCUAGUCAGGUUUCCUUCAUAGCAAAACUUAUAAGCAAAGAACCACAACUCCGUCCUUCAGCAAGAGAAAUUCUUAAUUCCAAUCUUUUCCUUAAUAAAACUCAGAUAAUAGAAAACUUACAGAAAGAAAUUAUUGAAUUAAAGCAUCUUCUUUCUGAAAAAAACAAAGAGAUUAUGCAAUUAAAGAAAAAUUUUGGAAAGUUGUAAAAUUUUACAAAAAUAUGUUUUAAUAUGAUGUGGUGCCAUAAUAUAGAUAGAAACAUUUAUAGUAAUUCUCAAACCAUAUUAUUUAAUUGAUUUUUGAAAAAGUUUUACAUGAUCUGGUUUUAUUUCAUUGAAUUUUAUUUUAUUGUGGAAAUUAAAUAAUCUAUGGUUACAUUAAUUGUUUAUUGUUACAAAUAGCAUAUAGAUUAUUUAAUUUUAAUAAUUUGUAUUAAAUUAAAGUUGAAUUCAAAAAAUAUAAAUAUAAAUAAAGAUUAUUUUAUUAAUAUGAAUACUUUAUGUUCAGUAUAUUAACAUGAAUAUUGUCAAUACUUUGAAGAAGUAAGAUUUCAAAUACAAAAUUUUUUAGAGUGGAAAAUUUUUAUCUUGUACU